AUGUCCGUAUCGAUGCCUAUAAAAUUUCAAGAGCACUUACAGCUCGUCAAUGUUGGCAUUCAACCUGCCAGCAUUAGCUUUAAUACCUUAACUAUGGAAUCUGAUAAAUUCAUUUGUGUACGUGAAAAAAAAGGCGAUGGUCAGUAUGUUUUUGUAAUUGACAUGAAUGAUCCCAAUAAUCCAACAACACGUCCAAUCACUGCUGAUUCAAUUAUCAUGAAUCCUGUAAGCAAAGUGAUGGCUCUCAAAUCAGAGGGUGUCUUACAAAUCUUCAAUAUCGAACUUAGAACUAAGAUGAAUAUGUACAAAAUGACUGAUCCUGUCAUUUUUUGGAAAUGGAUUAACCCUAAUACCAUCGCUUUGGUUACUGCAGGAUCUGUCUUUCACUGGUCAAUCGAAGAAGGUUCAACACCUGUUAAAAUGUUUGAUCGCCAUGGCUCAUUGGCCAACACACAGAUUAUCAAUUAUCGAACCGACGAAAGCUGCAAAUGGCUACUUUUAAUUGGUAUCUCCGUUCAAGAUAGUCGGGUUGUUGGUUCAAUGCAACUCUAUAGUGUCGAUCGUAAAGUUAGUCAACCGAUUGAAGGUCAUGCGGCAGCCUUUGUUCAAUACAAGGGCGAAGGUCAACCUAACCCAACUACUCUGUUCUGCUUUGCGGCUAGAUCAGCCCAAUCAUGCAACCUCCAUAUUAUUGAAGUCGGUCAAGCCCCAGAAGGCAAUCAGCCAUUCGCAAAAAAGAAUCUGGAUGUUUACUUCCCUCCUGAGGCCGUUAAUGAUUUCCCUGUUGCAAUGCAGGCUUCUCAGAAGUAUGCUGUUGUGUUUCUAAUCACCAAAAACGGUUAUUUACACAUCUACGAUAUUGAAUCUGGGACGUGUAUCUAUAUGAAUCGCGUUAGUAACGAAACUAUCUUUGUGACGGUGCCAUAUGAGGCGACAUCUGGUAUUAUGGGUGUCAAUCGAAAGGGUCAAGUUUUAUCAGUCAGUAUUGAUGAGGAUAAUGUGAUUAAUUACAUCAAAAGCACGUUGAAUAAUCCUACUCUGGCUUUCCGCUUUGCUGCAAGAUGUGGCCUUCCUGGUGCGGAUGAUCUUUUCAUCAAAAAAUUUGAGUCACUUUUUGCCUCUGGUCAGUACGCGGAAGCCGCUAAAGUUGCUGCAAGUGCACCGAAUGGGAUUCUUCGAACUCCUAAGACGAUUCAAAAGUUCCAUCAGAUUCCAAAUCAAGUCGGCCAGACUUCGCCUCUUUUCCUUUACUUCGGUAUUCUAAUCGAUCAAGGACAACUGAAUAAGUAUGAGAGCUUGGAACUUUGCCGUCCUGUUCUACAGCAGGCUAGGAAACACCUCAUUGAAAAGUGGCUCAAGGAGGACAAACUUGAAUGCUCUGAAGAGCUUGGUGAUCUCGUGAAACAGGCCGAUCCUACUCUUGCUCUAUCGGUUUAUCUUCGUGCAAAUGUACCCCCGAAAGUUGUUCAAUGCUUCGCCGAAACUGGUCAAUUCCAGAAGAUCAUUCUUUAUUCUAAGAAGGUUAACUAUUCUCCAGAGUAUAUUUCCCUUCUUCGUAACUUGACCCGAAUCAAUCCUGAUCAGGCUCUCCAAUUUGCCCAAAUGCUUGUUCAAGAUCAGGAGCCACUUGUCGAUUUGGAACAAGUUGUCGAUGUCUUCAUUGACCAGGGUCUGAUUCAACAAUGCACCUCGUUCCUUCUUGAUGCAUUGAAACACAAUCGUCCAUCAGAGGGGCAUCUUCAAACCCGUCUUCUUGAGAUGAAUUUGAUGUCUGCUCCCCAGGUCGCAGACGCUAUUCUGGGUAACCAGAUGUUCAGUCAUUAUGAUCGAGCUGUCAUCGCUCAACUCUGUGAAAAAGCUGGUCUUCUUCAACGUGCUCUAGAACAUUACACCGAUCUCUAUGAUAUUAAACGUGCUGUCGUUAAUACUCAUCUUCUCACUCCAGAAUGGCUUGUAAAAUACUUUGGUUCACUGUCCGUAGAGGACUCUCUUGAAUGCCUCAAGGCAAUGCUUCAAGCAAAUAUCCGUCAAAAUCUCCAAGUAUGCGUCCAAAUUGCAACUCAGUAUCAUGAACAACUGGGUACCAAUGCUCUAAUUGAAAUCUUUGAGUCAUUCAAAUCAUUCGAAGGCCUUUUCUACUUUCUUGGCUCUAUCGUCAACUUCUCUCAGGACCCUGAAGUACAUUUCAAGUACAUUCAAGCCGCUUGCAAAACCGGUCAGGUAAAAGAGGUCGAAAGAAUUUGUCGUGAGAGUAACUACUAUGAUCCAGAGAGGGUGAAAAACUUCCUUAAGGAAGCAAAACUCACUGACCAGUUGCCUCUUAUUAUAGUUUGUGAUCGUUUUGACUUCGUUCACGACUUGGUUCUCUACCUCUACCGUAACAAUCUUCAAAAGUACAUUGAAAUCUAUGUGCAGAAAGUCAAUCCUGCACGUUUGCCAGCUGUUAUUGGGGGUCUACUUGAUGUUGAUUGUGCUGAUGACUUUAUUAAACAACUCAUUGCUAUUGUUAGAGGACAAUUCAGUACUGAUGAACUGGUAGCAGAAGUUGAAAAGCGCAACCGCCUGAAGCUUCUUUUACCGUGGUUAGAAUCUCGUAUCCACGAGGGAUCAGUGGAACCAGCUACUCACAAUGCUCUGGCUAAAAUCUACAUUGAUGCCAACAAUAAUCCUGAACGUUUCUUGCGAGAGAAUCAAUAUUACGAUAGCUACGUUGUUGGCAAGUACUGCGAGAAACGCGACCCCAAUUUGGCAUGCGUGGCUUAUGAACGUGGGCAAUGCGAUAAAGAACUUGUGGCGGUGUGUAAUGAAAACUCUCUCUUUAAAACUGAGGCUCGUUAUCUUGUAAGAAGAAAAGAUCCGGAGUUAUGGGCAGAAUGCCUGAGUGAAACUAAUACUUAUCGCCGUCAGUUGAUCGAUCAGGUUGUUCAAGCCGCUCUUUCCGAAACCCAAGAUCCCGACGAAAUUUCUGUUGCUGUUAAAGCUUUCAUGGCUGCGGAUAUGCCUAAUGAGUUGAUUGAACUGCUGGAAAAGAUUGUCUUAGAUAACUCUGUUUUCUCUGACCAUAGAAAUCUUCAAAAUCUUCUUAUUCUCACUGCGAUCAAGGCCGAUCACAGCAAAGUUAUGGAGUAUAUUUCCAAGUUGGAUAAUUAUGAUGCGCCGGAUGUAGCUAAUAUUGCAAUAACCCACGGUCUCUAUGAGGAAGCUUUCGCCAUCUUCAAGAAGUUUGAAGUCAAUAGUCUUGCCAUGAAGGUCCUCAUUGACAACAUUCAGAACCUCGACAGAGCCUAUGAAUACGCAGAGCGCUGCAAUGAACCAGCUGUGUGGAGUUUGUUGGCUAAAGCCCAAUUGAAUGAAGGAGUUAUUAAAGAUGCUAUUGACUCCUACAUUAAAGCUGGCGACCCAGCCAACUACGAUGAGGUGAUCAAGGCUGCAUCGGCUGCUAAUAACUACGAGGACCUCGUUCGAUAUCUACAGAUGGCUCGCAAGAAAGCCAGGGAAACUACUAUUGAUUCGGAGUUGGCCUUUGCUUUCGCCAAAACUGGGCGUCUUCCUGAUUUAGAGGAGUUUAUUGCCAGUUCUAAUCAUGCCAAUAUUACUACUGUGGCUGACAGAUGUUUCGAGGAACACAUGUACGAGCCAGCAAAGCUCCUUUACAACAAUGUGAGCAACUACUCUCGUCUAGCUAUUACCCUUGUUCAUCUUGGCGAAUAUCAAGGUGCAGUAGAGGCUGCACGCAAAGCCAACUCAACUCGCACGUGGAAGGAGGUUUGCUUCGCUUGUGUCAAUCACGGAGAAUUCCGCUUGGCGCAGAUGUGCGGUCUGAACAUUGUUGUCCAUGCUGAUGAACUUGAAGAUUUGAUUAAGUAUUAUCAACAACGUGGUCACUUCCAACAGCUCAUUACCCUCUUGGAAGCUGCUUUGGGUCUAGAGAGAGCUCACAUGGGAAUGUUCACUGAACUAGCUAUUCUCUACUCAAAAUUCAAGCAAGAAAAAUUGCGCGAGCACCUUGAGCUCUUCUGGUCAAGGGUUAACAUCCCUAAGGUGUUGAGAGCAGCUGAACAAGCCCACCUCUGGGCUGAGCUUGUCUUCCUCUAUGAUCGCUAUGAGGAAUAUGACAAUGCGGUUCAGACCAUGAUGGCCCAUCCCACAGAAGCCUGGCGCGAAAACCACUUUAAAGACAUGAUCACCAAGGUGGCCAAUUUGGAACUCUACUAUAAAGCCAUCCAAUUUUAUCUAACCUACAAACCUCUACUCCUCAAUGAUCUUCUCACUGUUUUGAUCCCACGUCUGGAUCAUACUCGUACCGUCGCUUUCUUCACAAAGAAUGGCCACAUUGCCUUUGUUAAGCCCUACCUCUGUGUUGUGCAACAAAGUGGUGCUAAUAAUAAGUCCGUUAAUGAGGCGCUGAACGCACUCUUGAUUGAGGAGGAAGACUAUCAGGCUUUGCGGCAUUCGAUUGAAACCCAUACCAACUUUGAUAACAUUGCUCUAGCCCAAGCUCUUGAGAAACACGAGCUCACUGAGUUUCGCAGACUUUCGGCUCUCCUGUACAAGGGUAACAACCGAUGGGUGCAGAGUAUUGAGCUGUGCAAACGGGAUAAACUCUAUCGGGAUGCCAUGCAAUAUGCGGCCGAUUCUCGUGAUCCUGAAACAGCUGAAGAUCUUCUUCGAUGGUUCUUAUCAGAGAACUUACCUGAUUGCUUUGCAGCUUGUCUCUACCAGUGCUAUGAUCUUCUGCGACCUGAUGUUGUGCUUGAACUGGCUUGGCGUAAUGGUCUCACGGAUAUGGCUAUGCCCUUCCUUAUUCAAACUAUGCGCGAACUUACUACUAAGAUCGAUCAUUUGGAGAAAUCUGAGCGAACUCGUACAGAGGAGGAAGAAAAGAAGGAGCAGGCAGUAAAUCCCCUUGUACUUCGUCUAGGGUUGGAUUAUCAUGGACCUACAUCCGCUGGUGUGGGUACCCAAUGGCCCUGGUUUGUUCUGGCCAACAAAAGUGACUAUACGGACGGCCCGUUAAUGCUGACAAGUGGAAUGAUGGGAACCCAGUCAGGUGCUUAUGGAGGUCCAUUGAUGCCCCCAGGUGCCCCUGGUAACGCUUUCUAUCCCACAAAUGGGCCAUCCUAUUAA